UCCAGAACACACGCUGCCAACUUCCACUACUAUACCUGACCAGUAGGGGGCAGCAGUACUCCAUGAAUACGCCACACUACUGCUUCCAAGUUUUAUUACAUGAGCAAAGGUGAAAAGUUAAGGGUGUUGCCCGCAGAACUUCUGUUGGAAGGAAUUAACCCAGCUAUCAUCGAUUACUGAAGAAAAUGGCAGAAGCCGUGGCAGGUAACAAGGACAUAUUCGAGUGUCCUAUUUGCUUGGAUCUUCUGAAGGAUCCGGUGACUCUUACUUGUGGACAUAGUUACUGUUUGCGCUGUAUUGAGGACUGCUGGGAUAAGGGAGAUGGCAAGGGCGUUUACAGAUGCCCUAAAUGCAGACAGACUUUCACCCCAAGACCCGACUUAAAGAAGAAUAUUAUUAUUGCUGAACUUGUGGAUCAAAUGAGGAAGAGCAGAAUACAAACUGCAGCUGCUGUUGAAUGUGCUGCUGGACCUGGAGAUGUGGCAUGUGACGUCUGUAGGCCUACCGAGAGAAAACUCAAAGCUGUCAAGUCCUGUCUGGAUUGUUUGGUAUCGUACUGUGACACUCAUUUGAAAGUUCAUGAUGAAGCCCAUUAUGGUAGAAAUCACACCAUGACUGAUGCCACUGGCCAGCUACAGGAGAGGAUCUGUCCCCGUCAUAAGAAGGUUUUUGAAAUAUUCUGCCGCACCGACCAGAGUUGCAUCUGCUAUCUGUGUACGAUGGACGAUCAUAAAGGCCACGACACGAUCACAGCUACAGCAGAGUGGAGUCAGAAAAAGGAGGGGUUGGGGAAGAGCCAGACGAGAUGCCAGCAGAUCAUCCAGUUGAAGGAGAAGGAGCUGCAGGAGCUGAGGAAGGCUGUGGAGACUCUCAAGUUUGGUACACAGACAGCAGUGGAGGAGAGUGAGAGGAUGUUUACUGAGAUGAUCCGCUCCAUUGAGAGAUGGUGCUCUGAGGUGACAGAGCUGAUCAGAGCUCAGGAGAAGGCUGAGGUGAGUCGAGCUGAAGGACUCCUGAAACGACUGGAGCAGGAGAUUGCUGAGCUGAAGAGGACAGAUGCUGAGAUGAAGCAGCUUUCACUGACACAGGAUCCCAUCCAUCUCCUCAAGAACAUUGUGUCCAUCACUGGGAGGCCUUACAGCACAAUUUCAACCAGCGUGACCUUCAGCCAAAACUUGUCCUUGGAGCCCCUGAAGAAAUCUGUGUCUGCACUGAAGAUGCAGCUGGAGGAGAAAUUAAAUUCAGUCUUCAAGGAGGAAAUAGUCAAGAUAUCUUCAGCAGCCACCACACAUGUCCAGAUCAUCCAGAGCAUACAGUAUCCUGAUCCUGAACUGCCAGUCAGAAGAGCCGUCAGUAAAGGUCUCCUGCCACCAGACAUGUCUGAUGGCCAGGCUCUUAUUGCUGAACCAGUGACCAGAGAGGACUUCUUACAGUAUUCCUGUCACUUCACUCUGGAUCCAAACACAGCAAGCAGACACCUCCAUCUGUCUGAGGGGAACAGGAGGGUGGAGAAGGGAGAUGAGGCCCAGCCAUAUCCUGAUCAUCCAGACAGAUUUGAGAAGUGGUGUCAUCAGGUGCUGUGUAGAGAGGGUGUGUCUGCACGCUGCUACUGGGAGGUUGAGUGGAGUGGAACCGUUCUCAUAGCAGUGUCAUAUAAAAGCAUCAGCAGGAAAGGACUGGGUGAUGAGUGUCUGUUUGGAUUUAAUGAUCAGUCCUGGAGGCUGGACCUCCGCAGCUCCAGCUCCUCUUUCUACCACAAUAAGAAGGAGACUAAACUCCCUCUAGUGGCCAGCUCCAGAAUAGGAGUGUAUGUGGAUCACAGGGCAGGAACUCUGGCCUUCUACAGCAUCUCUGGAGACACAAUGACCCUCCUGCACAGAGUCAACACCACAUUCACACACACACUCUACCCUGGGUUUUGGGUAGAACCAGGUCCCCAUGGGACACCUAAGUCUCCAACCCUUCCGGGCAGCUCGUGGGGCUGGGAGACCCAAAACUUUUGA